GCUUAGUAACAGAAAUGAGUACCGCCCCUACAGUCGGACAUGACUUGACAACCUUGUCAAAGGGGAAUAUGUUUACCUUUACCUGCAAGUACCUGCAAUUAGGCAAAUUCCUCAGCAACAGGAAAGCCAGUGUUGAAUCUCCCUACCUCAAAACCAGUUCCAAGAUUUUUGAUGAACAUACACCAGAACACAGCUGGUGGUUACGGCAACAUGAAUAUAUUGAAAAGCUGAACAUGCAGGCAAUACUGAGUGCUUCUGCUGGGCACGAACAGCUCCUCACUGAAUCUCUUGUAAAUAAUGUCAAGAUUCCAACUCUUAUUCAAGAAUUAAUCACUGUGGAGAUCUGGAAACAGAAAAUCUUCCCUAUACUAUGCAAGCUGGAGGACUUCAAACCAAAAAGCACCUUUCCCAUAUACCUAGUGCUGCGUCAUGAAGCUUCAGUUAUUAACCUCUUGGAGACAGUGUUUUUUCACAAGGAAAUCUGUGAAUCUGCAGAGGAUACCGUUCUGGACUUGAUAGAUUAUAGCCAUAGGAAGCUGACCUUACUAGUUGCUCAGAGUACCAGUGGGAAGAAACCAGUGGACCAAAAGCUUGUGGCUGAACAUCUUCCCAAUCCUUCAUCUAUGCAAGAGUUAAAGAAACAAGCUGAGGCAAUGGAGUUCGAAAUAUCACUGAAAGCUCUCUCAGUAUUCCGUUUCAUUACUGGCCUGGUAGACAGUUUACCAGUGAGUGCUGUGACAAGGAUGCUGAAUACCCACAACUUUCCAUGUCUUUUGGUACAGUUGAUAGAGCAUUGUCCGUGGAGCUAUUGUGAAGAAGGGAAGCUGAAAAAGUUUGAGAAUGGUGCAUGGUAUGAGGUGCCCUAUGAAGACCAUGUGAAGAUGACUAAGUUGGAUGGGCAGGUGUGGAUUGCUCUAUAUAACCUGCUUCUUAGUUCAGAAUGCCAGCGCAAGUACAAUUACAAUAACUUCAACAAAAAUCAACUACUGAAGCUCCGUGCCUUCCUGUCUGAUGUCCUCCUCGACCAAUUCCCCAAUCUUUUGGAGUUGCAAAGAUUCCUGAGUCAUCUCGCUGUGACAGAUCCUGCUCCACCAAAGAAAGACCUCAUUUUAGAACAGGUUCCUGUAAUCUGGGAACAAGUUAUCAAAGAGAAUUCAGGAAAGUGGCAAGCGAUUGCCAAGCACCAGGUAAAGAAUAUGUUUAGUCCUUCAGAGGAAGAGCUGAAGAGCCAGGCUCGCAGGUGGGCCAAGACAUACAACCUGGAUGUAAUAGAAGCCCUGAUCCCAGACAAACCCAAGUGUGGAAUGUGUGGCUCUGAGGCUGCAAAGCGCUGCUCCCGUUGCCGAAAUGAAUGGUAUUGCAAACGAGAGUGUCAGGUACUGCACUGGCAAAAACACAAGAAUGCUUGCAAUUUGAUGGCUGAUACCCUGAAGAAAAUAGAGGAAGAUGUACAAGUACAAGCAACUCCCAAAAAAACCACUGACUGCUAAGCUGAAGGAGAAGAACGGGAAAGGAUGUGGUUAAUUAAAGAAUUUCAGCUUGCCGAGUGGUAUGGUUUCAGUGCUAAGCAUGUAACACAUGACAUUUUCACUGCUGCUUAGCAAAUUGACUCUAUUUGAUCUUUAUUUUUUUGUUGAAAAUUAAACGUAUAAUGAACACUA